GAGGAGAGACACUGCAAAGGCAUACAGGCACAGCAUCAAAAGGGACAGCCGUUUGAUUGCCUAUCAGCAUUGAAGUGGUUUUCAAAACACGCAAGUAACAUGUUCAAGUUGAUAGAGGUCGGCCAUUUUGACCUGACAGAGAAUGGAUUGUGGUGAUGCUAGUCCUUGCUUGUUUUCUGCUUCAUUGGCGGAGAUAGUUUUUUUUUCUUGGGGGGUAGCUAUAAAGAGGGGGGGGGCUUCAAAAAUAUCUCAGUGGGUCCGCAAAACCAAGCGCUUGCUUUGUUGCAACCCCCUAAAACCGCUUCUAUUAUUGUAGGGAAAGCCGUACUUAGAAGAGGCCCCAAAACGGAGCAAAUAAACUGUAGCUAAUUUUAAUGAGACAAAACCGUGAACGUUUUGAUCAUGAUUGUUUAUCCCAUGUGGAAGUGUGACUAAAAAGCUUUUGCUUUGUCUUCAUCAGAUUAAAAUGCACCGAAUGUCCUCGGAGCUGAAGCAUGUUAUUAGCGUUUGGGUGACUGAGGUAAAUGAGAUGUAUAAGCAAAUAAUAGGAGCAAUUUUAAAUCACUCGAAGCCACUUUCCCUUACGGCAAUCAUUUGAGUGCAUGCAUAAGCAAACUGUUUCAGCAGAAACAAAACAAAGCAGCAUAUUAAUGUGGGUUUUUUUUUUGUGGAAAUUGGAACUGGUUCAAGAAGCAUGGGGUCAAGUUGGGGGAAUUCAUCAAAUUGACAAAACAAAGUGCAGUAGAAUGCUCUUGGAGAAUAUAAAUGAGCAGCUUCAAAUUUGAUUUGAAACCAGACUCUAAGAGCCUAUUAAUCUAUGCCAGUUCUUGUUCAAAGGAAUAAAAAAAAAAAAACUAACACCAUCAUAAAUAUAUCUGGUGGGAAUGUGACCUCCUCUCUUCCUUCUUGUAUAUGUGGACAUGGCAGUGCAUUCAUUCUGCUAAUUAAAGCAAAACCGUGGCAUAUAAAAAAUAUCAAUUAGCAACCCCCACAUCAUUCUUCUAAUGUGCAUAAUUCAAAUUCUCAUUUCAAAACCUGGCAGUGCAAAGGUGACUAUGUGUGAAUAUGAAUAAUUAGAUUUUAACAUAGCACCAGUUUACAGUUUGCAUUCCGUAGAGAAAAAAAUGAUUUUGACGUAUAGUAAUUUUGUCCAGCACAGUUCAAUUGUAUUUAACAUUUAACUCGCAUUAUCACGUCAAUGCUAAGUGGAAAAUGCAAUUAAGCAGUGAAUGUUUUUUUAAUUUGCCAUCAUUAUUUAGUAGUGUGCCGUGAGAUUUUUGUCAAGUCAAACACAUGUUGGCCAACUUGGCUAAAUAAAGGUUGUGAAACACUAAUGUUUGGAACAUUGGGAAUUCAGCCUGCUUGAGCAUUGCGCCCCCACAUGGACAAAAGGUGAACAUGGCAUGAGUGAAGUAUAAAAGGCUUUGGAUGGCUUGGGCAUCACUCCCGCAGACGGGAGGGAGGAUGCGACUGCAACACUUGUGAAAACGUAUAAGUAGGCUAAACUGUCAAGAAGUCAUGACAGCGUAUUUGCUUUCCCUCAUUUCAUCAGAAAUGACACCUUGCACAUAAUAAGGACUAUGGAGAUUUUUUUCUUACCCACUUUGGAAAUUCUAAAGAGAAGGUAAGUUGCCUUUAAAGUGUCUGACCGACUGAGCCAUGCAAAGCAACGGCAGCUCCUCGGAAUCGGUACCUGUUGGUGCGCUGAGCGCGUGUGGAGGAGAAGAGGACGAGAGAGAAUUCUCCAAAUUGGUCAACCCCAGCGGAGCGGGGUCCAACCUGGCUGCUUUGAACCUGUCCCUCAACUGCUGGCUCCAUAUCCUCUCCAAGGAAUCUUCAGUGGAUCUGCACGGAGACGCUGCCAACACGGCGGUGCGAGUCCUCAUCGCUUUGGUUUACCUGGUGGUAUGUGUCCUGGGUCUUGUGGGGAACCUCCUGGCACUCUUCCUGCUUCACUUCCGUCGCCGAGGUCACCACCACUCCUCCAUCGACUGUUUCGUGAUAAGCCUGGCGCUUACCGACCUCCAGUUUGUCCUCACCUUGCCCUUCUGGGCCAUGGACACGGUCCUGGACUUCCGCUGGCCCUUCGGAUGGGUCAUGUGUAAGGUGGUGAGCUCGGUCACCACCAUGAACAUGUACGCCAGCGUGUUCUUCCUCACCGCCAUGAGCGUGGCCCGCUACCACUCGUUGGUCACCUCUCUGAAGAUCGCCAGCCCGAGGCGGGCGGCUGCUCGAGCCAAGUGGGCCAGUUUGGCUAUUUGGGUGGUUUCGCUGGUUGCCACCUUGCCUCAUUCCAUCUACUCCACCACUGUUCAGGUGUCUGCCGACGAUGAGCUCUGCCUUGUGAGGUUCUCCGAAUCCGAUUCCAGUCGCUUGGAUCCUCAAGUACUCCUUGGGCUCUAUCAAUUGCAAAAAGUGCUUCUGGGAUUUGUCUUUCCUUUAAUAAUCAUCAGUGUGUGCUACCUCCUCCUCUUGAAGUUCAUCCUGAGCCGGCGCGUGGUGGGCAGUGCCAUCGGCGGGGCCGUCGCAGACAGAUCCGAAUGCGAGCGUGGUCGCCAUCGCCGCCGCUCCAAAGUCACCCGCUCCGUCACCAUCGUAGUUUUGUCCUUCUUCGUCUGCUGGCUGCCCAACCAGGCUCUGACGCUUUGGGGCGUGUUGAUCAAGUUGGACAUGGUGCCCUUCAGUAAAGCCUUCUACAACGCGCAGGCCUAUGCCUUCCCACUGAGCGUCUGCCUGGCCCAGGCAAACAGCUGCCUCAACCCGGUCCUCUACUGCCUCAUCCGCCGAGAAUAUCGGGCCGGACUCAAAGAGCUUCUGCCCCGAGUGUUGAUCCCGAUCCAAAACUUUUUCAAUCAUGCCCUGAGGGGGAGGAGAGCAGAGGUAGCACCCACCAGCUUGGUCAUGAUACACAAAGACAAUAUGUGAUUUUGUGGGUUUAGUCUAUUGGGAAUGCAGAAAACCCUAUUCGCAAAGAAUUGGGACUGACCCCUACUGUGAAUAG